GCGCGCCUCCGGCGUUGCAUCAUCUUCAGCCAGCAGUGGCUCUGAAGGAAGGCUGGGCGCGGCGAGGUCUGCUCUGCCUCUGCUCCAGCCCACAGCCCACGUCUCUCUUUAUCUUUCUGAAAACUGUUCCUGUAGGGAGCCGCAGAGCUCGGGAGCCGCAGCUGGCACAGGCCACUGUCUCCGCCUGAUCCAUUCAUUCGAAACCGGUCUUUUCUCCAAGUCCAAGUUCCUCGCGUGUUGCCGCUUAGAGCGGUGGGCAGCGACAUGGAGAAGAGCGGCGAAACCAACGGCUACCUCGACGGCACCCAGGCAGAGCCUGCGGCCGGGCCCCGAACGCCCGAGACGGCGACGGGCAAAGCGCAGCGCUGUGCUGGCUUUUUUCGGCGCCACGCGCUGGUGCUGCUCACCGUGUCCGGGGUGUUAGUGGGCGCCGGCAUGGGCGCGGCGCUGCGGGGGCUGCAGCUCACCCGCACGCAGGUCACUUACCUGGCCUUCCCCGGCGAGAUGCUGCUCCGCAUGCUGCGCAUGAUCAUCCUACCGCUCGUGGUUUGCAGCCUGGUGUCGGGCGCCGCCUCCCUGGACGCCAGCUCCCUCGGACGUCUGGGUGGCAUCGCCGUCGCUUACUUCGGCCUCACCACGCUGAGCGCCUCUGCGCUCGCCGUUGCUCUGGCGUUCAUCAUCAAGCCAGGGGCGGGCGCGCAGACCCUCCAGUCCAACAGCCUGGGGCUGGAGAACUCAGGCCCUCCUCCGGUCUCCAAAGAGACGGUGGACUCUUUCCUCGAUUUACUCAGAAACCUGUUUCCUUCCAAUCUCGUGGUUGCCACAUUCACUACGUCUGCAACCGAUUACACGAUGGUGACCCAUAACACCAGCUUGGGGAAUGUGACCACAGAGAAGAUCCCCAUCGUCACAGAUGUGGAGGGGAUGAACAUUUUAGGACUGGUCCUUUUUGCCCUGGUGUUAGGAGUGGCUCUAAAGAAACUCGGCCCCGAGGGCGAAGAACUCAUCCGAUUCUUCAACUCCUUCAACGAGGCCACCAUGGUGCUGGUGUCAUGGAUCAUGUGGUACGUACCUAUAGGCAUCAUGUUCCUGAUCGGAAGCAAGAUUGUAGAAAUGAAGGACAUCAUCACGCUCGUGACGAGCCUCGGGAAAUACAUCUUCGCUUCUAUACUGGGCCAUGUUAUCCAUGGAGGAAUUGUUCUGCCUCUUGUCUAUUUCGCUUUGACGAGGAAAAACCCGUUCACAUUCCUCCUGGGCCUCCUCACCCCAUUUGCGACAGCUUUUGCGACCUGUUCCAGCUCCGCGACCCUUCCGUCUAUGAUGAAGUGCAUCGAGGAAAACAACGGUGUAGACAAGAGGAUCAGCAGGUUCAUCCUCCCCAUUGGGGCCACGGUCAAUAUGGAUGGAGCAGCCAUCUUCCAGUGUGUGGCCGCGGUGUUCAUUGCCCAACUCAACAAUGUGGACCUGAACGCGGGACAGAUUUUCACCAUUCUAGUGACUGCCACAGCGUCCAGCGUUGGAGCCGCAGGGGUGCCGGCUGGAGGCGUCCUCACCAUCGCCAUCAUCCUGGAGGCCAUCGGAUUGCCCACUCAUGACCUCUCUCUGAUCCUGGCUGUGGACUGGAUUGUGGACCGGACCACCACUGUGGUGAAUGUGGAAGGCGAUGCCCUGGGAGCGGGGAUCCUCAACCACCUGAAUCAGAGGGCCGUGAAGAAAGGUGAGCAGGAGCUGCAAGAAGUGAAGGUGGAAGCCAUUCCCAAUUCCAAGUCUGAGGAGGAGACGUCGCCUCUAGUGACACACCAGAACCCGGCAGGCCCCGUGGCCGUUGCUCCUGAACUGGAAUCCAAGGAGUCGGUGCUGUGAUUGGGCGGGAUCUUGGGCCGGCCUGCUAGGACCAGCAACCCAUCCUGGUAGCCUGCCCCAUUGGCGUGGGCAUGGCCCUCACAGACUCUCCACAGGCACAGAGCUGCCAGGCCAGGACUGCUUCCUGAGGACUAGAACACUCUGAUGUUUGUCUCCGUGGAUCCAUGUCUCAGCUGUGGAUACACCUUGACUCUACUUGGAAACCCCCUUGAGCUGCCAGGCCUGAGGGAUUCCAGGUCCACGGAGGCCUGGAGAUCAAGGUUGUGGGGAUGCGGAUGGAUUGUUCACGGUCCCCCUGGAGCUCUGCAUCUGGUGGUUUCCGGGCAAACCAGAUUUCCGGGUUUAUAGUUGUCUAUCACGUUGUCUCUGCAGCAGCAGACACUGAAGAGCUUCCCAGAGUCUGAGACUGAGCUGGAAUCUGCUGAGCUGCGCUGGCUUAAGGGAUUAUGCUCCACUUGUGUGGGCGGCUUCUAAGGGACCAGAGGUGAAACAAGUGAGACAUACUGUGUGGGGUGGUUAGCACACCUGGGGGCUCGGCUUGAGCAAACCAUGAACUCCGAGGUCAGGGGCAGACUGGGGAGCACCCUAAAGAAGAUGGGACAGGACUGGUCCCAUUCUAGACCUGAGGCACUUCUCUGCUCCUGCUGAGUGAGGCCUGGCCUUCACCAGCACUUCCUGUCCUUUCCCAUUUGGAUUUAGUCGCAGACCGUAGGACCUCCUCCUCUGGGAGGGGCGGUGUGGUCACUACACUGCCGACUCAUGUUGGUCUGUCAGUCUACUACUGGUUUGACUGGGUCCUUCCUAAAAUGAGCUACAAAGUCAUAUAUACUCCCCAAUAAACCCACACGCUAACCAAGGCUGAGCUCUGUCCCCAGGCCCCUGUCUGGUUUCCACAGUACAUUACUUGCUCGUGUGAGACUAUGGUUAGCCCUGGGUAACCUGUCUCAUGUAACCUGCCUCUUGCCUACUUCGCUGAGGUCUGAUAAGGCUAAGGAUAAAUUUGUGGAUAUUGUUGUUUUGCUUCUGGGAAGUCGAGUUCCAGCGCCUGUGAGAGCCCGGUUCCCCGAGAGACAGCGUUCCCCAUGAAGGCCGCCUGCCGGCAUGAGCAGCUUUCCAGAACUGUUAUCCUCAUCCUUCAGAACUCGAGCUCUGAAGAGAUGUGAAGCCUCUUCUUAACAAGCUACCAACUUCUACACAUUUCUGGGUACCCAACUGUGUUGUUACUCUGAACCCACAGUUUCUGCCAACCCCUCGACUAACAGGAGAUUAAGUCCCUAAGUCAUCGGCUUCCCUCCUUCCCUUGCUUUCUCUGCUGUGUUAUCACCGGACCCAUGCAUACUUGGGACAGAUCUGUUUUAAAAUGGGGCCUGUGCCUGAGCGGAGGGGCGGGCGAGGAGCAGAGCCCAGGCGGCCAGGGUGAAGGCCCACGGGCGAGGAGCAGAGCCCAGGCGGCCAGGGUGAAGGCCCAGCUCUCUAAAGCAACUGAGCCACUCCGCUCUCCCUUGGGGCCAGGAACUCAGCAGGGAGUGGCAAACCUUGUUGCCAACACUUUUUUAAAAAGGCGAAUCAAUCACAUUGUUUGAUUAUGAGUAAGCAUUUGAUACUUUUUUAAGUUUCAGUGGAUCUUUUCCUCUGUACUUACCUAUACUUUAUGUAUCUUUGUGUGUGUGUGUGUGUGUGUGUGUGUGUGUGUGUGCGCGUGCAUGUGCGCACUCGGCUUGUAGCUCCAAGCAAGUCUGAGUUUGGAUAAAGGGGAACUAAACUACAAUUAUGUCUUUGGCAUCCUGAUAUUCUCAUUGCUAAAGAAUAUCAUUAAGUAGGGAUUGGAGUUGGACAGGGAAGCACACCGGGUGGACACUCAGGUCUCAACCUGGACCCACAGUGAUGAGUGCGGCUGUGGGUGGAGGAAGAUGCUCUGCCUGGGAUCUCCCUCUUGGAAGCCAAAAGAGGAGGCGGUCCCGCGCCUCCCCGAGUUCUGGCUCUCAGAGAAGCUGAUGGAGUUUUGUAACAGGGAAGACACCACCACAACUGUCUGAAAUGUCUCCUGGCUAUUUUUCUAACAUGUUCAUCUCUUGAUGUUUUGUGUAUGUGUGACAUUUGCCUUAAAACAUAGCACAGCCAUCAAAAAUGAGUACCGUAUUUUUACUGGCA